AUGGGCGCCAAGGGCUCAAAGGCGGCGCCUUCGUCAUCGGCAGUGCCGGCUGCCACGACCCCCACUGGCGACAGCAAAGGCACGGUCAACCGGUGGGGUGGCGCGGUGAGCGAUGCUAGCGACACCGACCUCGGCCUCACGCCAGACGCGUCGCUCAGCUCGGAUAUUAUCACGCCAGAGGAGAACGCGGCGAAGCGCAAGGCCUACGCGCACCUGCAAUCCCCAUAUGCGAAGCGUCGACCAGACGCACCGAUGAAAGGGAGUGGCAGCCGCGGUAACAACGGGGCGGAGGCAUCCUCGACCGCCCACGUGAACCUCAUCGAGCAGAUCUACAGCGAAGACUUCGAGACAAUCGACCACAUCCAGGCGCUGCGCCUGCCGCCCAUUGUGGCGCAGCAGCUGCAGAGCGCUGUGCGGAGCGAGGCGGAGAGGCGCUGCGCGGAGGUGGAGAAGACGAUGGCCCGCUGCCUGCAGGACAAGAUGUGGACCUCAUGGAAGUGCCAGAAGGAGCGCGACACGUACUACCACUGCGUCGAGGACACGGAGCAGCGCAAUCUGCGGCCGGACCCGGCGAACCCGCACUCGGUCGACAUGCUCACAUCCUUCCGCUGGAAGUAUACCCUCGGCGUCUUCCAUGGCGAGAUUACGGGGCGCAACAACAUUAUGAAGGAGAUUUGGCGUGAGCACUACCCAGAUCGCGAGUUGCCGCAUCCGUGGGUGAGGGACACGUAA